AUGCACGAGGUGAUUUUCGACGAAACUCUGGAAAGUAAACUCAAAAAGAUGACUUGCGAGGAGUCGGAGUCUUCCGGCCCCGACUACGUCGUUUUCAAUUACGCCGAGGUUAUUUUGGCACUAGCAUUUUCGACAAACAAGGAAAAAGAUAUCCCGAAAUCACCACCGUUCCAUCCGCUCCAAACCAAAAUUGCAUGCGGAACCCGUGUGACAAAGUGUGAAGACGAAUUAUCAGAUAUAUGUCUCAUGGGACCCAAAAACUCUCCACUUAAACAAUCAGAAAUCAAGAAUGGAUCCCCUGGAACUGGAUGCUCUGGUGGUGAUGGAUCCAGUGGAUUGUGUAUGGGCGGUGGUGGUGGUGCUGUGAAAAAUCAAUCAGACAAGAAGUCAGGAGACGGUGAUGUCGAGGAAAAAGGAUCAAAGGAUAGCGAAGGAGCUGUUUCAUCUGCAUCCACGCCAAUGACUCUCUUGUCUCUUGUAAUUGCCCUUAUUAUGGCAUAG